AAAACGACGUCGUGUGCGGCCGAGGAUCCGGACUCGUGUAAAUAGAGGCACUCGAGAGUGAGAGAGACAGAGGCUCAGGUGCGGCGACGAUGGAUCCAGACGCGGUGGCGAAGGCAUUCGUGGAGCACUACUAUUCGACCUUCGAUGCGAAUCGAUCUGGACUAGCGAACCUCUACUGUGAAUCAUCGAUGAUGACUUUCGAAGGUCAGAAAGGGUCCCAAGGCAUCGUAGCCAAGCUCACAAGCCUUCCCUUCCAGCAGUGCAAGCACAGCAUCACCACCGUCGAUUGCCAGCCCACUGGCCCCGCCGGCGGCAUGCUCGUCUUCGUCAGCGGCAACCUCCAACUCGUCGGCGAACAGCGCGCUCUCAAGUUCAGCCAGACGUUCCAUCUGAUGUCGACGCUACAAGGUGAUGUCUACGUGUUGAAUGACAUUUACCGAUUGAAUCAUGCAUGAAGACAGUGGAUGGUUUAGUUACAAACAGUGGAGAAUACAUGAUAUGCUAAAUGCCCUCAAACAGUGGCGAAUACAGGAUAUUGUUUAGUUUCAGACUCUUUUAUUUUCAAAUGUGAGGAUCCUCUCAUUGUGGUUGGUUGUGUUCUGUAAUUUGUUGCGUCUUUUAUUAUUCUAUCCUCCAUUCUUCCGA